AUGGCGUGUGCAUCGCCGCUGCUACCCCGGUCAACGCCAGACCAGGUGUGGUACUUGGCAUACGGGUCGAACCUUGCCAGUAAAACCUUUCGUGAGGAUCGACAAAUGUCGCCGCAGGCGGCUGCAGCUGUGGGGGUUCCCGGAUGGCGCUUGACUAUGUCCAGCGCUGGUUUUCCCUACCGCGAGCCUGCCUUUGCCUCCAUUGAGAAAAUCCCAGGGUUGCCGUCAUCAGAAAAACCAGAAAAUGAGAAGGACCGCGAGGUAGCACUCUGUGGAACAGCUUAUCUCAUAACAUGGGCACAAUGGAUACAGAUCAUCGCCUCAGAAGGUGGGGGUAUCGCCUAUGAACAGGCUCUGCUCUCCGCCCAGCCGAUCCGGAAGGCUGAUCGACAGCGUUGGGGCGCGACAAUCCGUGUCUGGACGCUGCUCAGCACCCUAGAGCGGUGCCCAGAAGCACGGCCGAGCGCGCGCUAUAUGGGCCUUAUUGUGGACGGAGCCCAGGCUGCCGAAAUUCCACGCAGCUACAUUGAGCACAUACAGCGAAAGUACCCGUGCUAUCAGCCCAAGUUAGAGCCAUGGGCCCGCAUUGGGGCAGCAUUGUUUCUCGCCUUCUGGACGCCCCUUCUCACUCUCCUCAGCAUUCUCACACAUGCUACGGCGCGCACAGGACCUGGUGAAAAUGGGCAUGUUCCAGAUGGGGUGCGGGCAUUGGUCCGAUUUGCCAUGUACUGCAUGUGGUGGGUCCACGAUGUGUUGUGGGCCGACAUAUGGGGCCGAGGCGAUGGCCUAGAUUCAUUGGAGCCAGAUGCGUAG